ACUUUAGACGGACCGACAACAGAAAUAAAUCCAUCUGCAUAGGAUUAAAAACAAAUUCAUCUUUUCAUUGUUUCCCGAUAAUUUCUUCUAUUUUGACAUACUUUUACCAUAGCUUGGUAUUUGUAGAUUCUGAACAUAUACUGUCAACAAAACAAUGGCUUCUGGGUCCCCUUCGUCCUCUCCGGACACUGCAACGGGCUCCGGUACGGACCCAGCUCGGCCUGACACCGGGGAGCCUCUCGGUGGAGCAGGCUCGGACUCGGACUCAGACCUGGGCUUGGGCAAGUUUGACUGCAGCGUAAUGGCGAUGGGAGACCGACUGGAGGGAGAGGAACUGGAGCAGGAGUUUGAAUCUGCGGCGGAUCGUGUCAAAAAUCUGGUUCAGUCAGCCAGUAGAGAUCAGCUCCUUUACCUGUACGCGCGGUAUAAACAGGUCAAAGUGGGCAAAUGCAAUACUUCUAAACCUGGCUUCUUUGACUUUGAAGGACAGAGAAAAUGGCAAGCGUGGAAACAGCUUGGUGACAUGGAUGCCGAGCAGGCUAUGCAGGAGUACAUUUCUCUUGUGAAUGUGCUGGAUCCGGAAGGCACCUCUAAGGAAAGAAGAGGAGCAGAAAAGAGAACAAGCUUUGGAGGAGCAGCAGUCAGCUCGCUAUAUCAGGAGGAAACAAUACGGGAAGAAGAUAAGAACAUUUUCGACUACUGCAGGGAAAAUAAUAUUGAGCGAAUCAACAAGGCUCUGAGCUCACAGAACGUGGAUGUCAAUACAAAAGAUGAAGAGGGCCGGGCACUGCUACACUGGGCAUGUGACAGAGGACACAAGGAGCUGGUAUCAGUAUUACUGGAACACAAAGCGGACAUCAACAGUCAGGACAAUGAAGGACAGACUGCUCUACAUUACGCUUCUGCAUGUGAAUUUGCUGACAUUGUGGAGCUCCUGCUGAACUCUGGCGCUGACCCUUCUAUCAAAGACAUGGAGGGCUCUCUCCCAGAAGAAGUCACUGAGUCCAGCGCCAUCUCGUCCCUCCUGCGCCAGUAUACUGCCCCUAAAGGCUAGACCUCCCUCCUCCUUUUUUAUACCCUAGUGAACUCAUUCAAACCAUUCAUAUCCUCCUCAAACUUCGGGUUCCCCAAGAGACUAUAUUAUCCCAAUGACUCCAAAAGUUUUUUUUGUUUUUUUGUUUUUCAUUGUUUCAUUUAUUCUUUCAUUGGAAGUGUAUAUGACAGGUUAGAUUGUUCAUUUCUUUCAAACACAGUAAACAGAUUUAGAUUUUUUUUUUUUGACAAAAAAAUCUUGCCUACGAUUUCUUCCCAAAAAAUUUUUUUUUGACUGAUAUAAAACUAUGAUACAUUUUUACCACAAGUAUUAUUCCACUAAACAAAGUCCUGUCAUAUACACUUUAUGAAUGGUAAUGUAAUAAACUGUGUAACCUGUAAGGAUCAAGUUCAUUUGAAGGAGUUUUAAUGUCAAUACUCAUAUGGACAACAUGACAGAGUAUGUCCAUUUAAUUCAUUGAAAGGAACAGAAACAUUCCCAUAAUCACAAAAAAUAUUAUACUGUAUAAUAUAUGGUGAUGUAAACAUCUCCUUAGCUGCUGUUUUUUGGUCACACAUCUGCAGAUUCUUUUACAGUUAAUUUUAUUCUCGUUUAGCCUUACAUACCGCCUUAUAAACUGUAUUUCAUUGUUUUGUUUUUUUUGUUUUUUUUUAUUUACAGUGGUGAAUGCUUUAAAUCAUGUUAAGUAUAAUUAUUAAAGUCAUAGAAAGAGAAA